UGCACAUCACUCAACUCCACGUACUCUAGUAACCACAGUAGGACAAACUACAGCCAGUGAGAAGAGGGGAGGAGAGAAAUUCAACAACUCAACUACGGAGAGGGGGGACUCAUACCCAGCCUGGUAAACACUGGACAAUAACCGCUGGAGUCUGGAAGAGUGUUGUGUUUCAAUAUCAAAUGCAAAACUGACGGUUAACAUCUGAUUAGUCUGAGAAGGAAGCAGGACCAACACGGAGAGCGCAAGAGAAAGAAGUACAACACUGAGGCGAGAGCGUGUUUGUUGGAUGUGGAGCCGUUUCCCUAGGCUGCAUACAGCUGCUUCCUCCGCUGAGAAUAGCGCAAGAGACCUACCGGAUCUGCUUCUUAGCAAACAAGAUUUCAUCAAAGAAUGUAAAGCUGGACAAAGCCAAAGUUCCUAGGAGGUGAAAAGGAAGAGCCACAUUAGCACAAGAAAAAAAAGUAAUCAAUCACCCGUUUCCUCUAUGUUGAAAGACCUCUCUAUCACUGGGUGCGCUUGACACUUUUACACAGGAUUCUGCCGAGUUUGCCUUCUGUUCUGCUUCCUGGUGAUACACCUUUGAUUGGAUUGGGAAAAAAAAAUUAGCAAAGAGCCACAUAAACGUGGGCUUGAGUAGCAAAACCUGGGGAGAUGGUUGACUCUGAUCUAUUUUCCCUCCUGGGAGUUUGGAGGAGUGGCAGAAGGGGUCCUGGACUGAGAGUGAAGGCUGAAAGAAAGAAAGAAGUGAUAUUGUUUGUAUGUGUUCUGCUGCAAGUGUUGAGUGAUGUAUCAUCACAACCGGAACAGCAGUCACCUUGUCCAACUUCUUGUGAGUGCUUUGAAACGUCUAGGACUGUUACAUGUGAGAAAAAGAAUCUCCAUGCUGUGCCCCAAAACAUACCACCCUAUGUACAGAACCUCUCCAUUGCUGGCAACAAUAUCAGUACCUUGAAUGGAGCAUUCACACAACAGCAACCCUUAUCAGAACUUUUAAAUCUUGAUCUUAGUGACAAUCACCUUCAAGAAUUGGGAAGCAAUGUUUUCAGCUAUCUACCCAGCCUCACAUAUCUUGACCUCAGUAACAAUGAACUGGGGACAAUGAGUAACUUGUCAUUCCAAGGAGCUGGAAGUGGCAGUAUCCCACUAAAGGAGUUAAAACUCAGCAACUCUUUUAAUAAUGAAUUGUUAAUCUCCAUUCUGGCAAGGGCCUUCGUGACUGGAGCACCAAGCAAGCUUGAAAAACUAGAGUUAGCUGGGAAUGACAUUUUAUUUCUUCCCUAUGGUAUGUUUAGUCCAUUGCCCAACCUCAAACACCUUGACCUGAGCAAUAAUUCCUUGACAAGCUUGUCAGCAGAUAUCUUCAAAGAUCUCAGCCAUCUCGAAACUCUGGAUCUUAGCAACAACUCUCUGAAGCGCUUGAGAAAUUCUACAAGUUUUGAAUAUAUUGGCCAACAAAAUAUGUUAAUCGAUCUUAACAAUAACAGCUGGGACUGUGACUGCAUGAUUGAAGAUUUUGCCAUUUGGCUUAAAGAGACCAAGUCAGUGAAAGAGACAUCCGGUCUGGUGUGUGAUUUACCAGAGAAUAUGAGGGGCAGAGCAAUUGUUGAACUUAACAUAUCAGAGCUAAAAUGCCAGGAACCAGAUGAUGACACCAGCUUGCAAACCUCCUAUGUUUUUUUGGGCAUAGUAUUAGCCCUCAUUGGAGUGAUCUUUCUGCUGGUUUUAUAUUUAAACAGGAAAGGGAUUAAAAAAUGGAUCUAUAACAUCAGAGAUGCAUGCAGAGAUCACAUGGAAGCUUACCAUUACAGAUAUGAAAUUAACGCGGACCCCAGGUUAACGAAUGUGAGCACAAAUUCAGAUGUAUAGAGACCAGUUUUUUAAAGCCAGAGCAACACUUCAACUAUGCAUGAACCAGACAUAAUGACGGUGCAUCCAAACCCUGUGCUUGCUCUCAUCUUCACUCCCUGCUGGACGGCAGCAACAAUAAUACAAUGUCUCCAUGCAGGACUUUUGAAUGCCUCCAUCUGACUGUGAAGUUUAUUGCUGCAUUAUAAUUAACUUUGCAUUGCAGACUCUGACUCUCGCAUGCUGAAUAUCCGUGCAUAAGAGACCCUCUUGACUCUUUCUUCUUUGUUCUUAUGGGAUUAUUCUUGUGAAAGAGAACUCAAAGGCUGGAAUAAGUGCAGCAAAAACUUUUUUUUUUUCUCUUUUCAGAGUUUCUUCAUUACUACACCCACAUGCCAACCUAGCAGAUUACCAUUCAACAGCAGCCUCAGAUUUUCUUUGGAGCAAAUGUUUACGUUUGUAGGUCGGCAGAUCUUUGCAUGUACAACAUGGGAGCUCUUACAGUAAAAUAGCAUGUACAAGCAUUUCUUCCAUUACAAAAUCACAAUGGAUAUAUUUACACAGUAAUGCUUUUGCACUGUUUUUUUAUAAAGAUAACAAAAUGCAGUUUAUAUCCAAGCAGAUUUUUGGUAAACUGCCCAGAACUUUUAAUAGUAACUAAUGAAAUAAAGGUUAUGUUAAAUUAAUUACCGUUGUGUUGACAUUUUCUGCCAAAUAAUUUUUGUACUUUUUUUGUAUUUAGUAAAAUAAAUUGGGAACAUUCUUGUUGAAUACUAGUGAUGCAUAGAGCUACAAUAUUUUAGUGCUUUAAUGUUCUUAUUCAAUAUAUUGCUUACCUGAAUAGAAAAAGGAGUCUCUAAAAGCACAAUACAUAUCAGUAUACACUGUCCAAAAAAACUCUUUUGCAUUUUAAAUGUAUUUACACAUUUUUUGAAAUGCCGAAAUUAGAAAAAAAUAUAUCCAGCUAUUGCUUUUGCACGUUGCAUUUUUAAGGCAUUUCAUGUCAGUAUAAUAAAUUCCAAGCUGAGGGCAAAUUCUUAUUUUCUAAACAGAUCUUUUCAGUUUUGUAAUUGAUGAUUAGACAGUUGUUCUGAUUUCUUAAUACGUUAUUUUUGAAUUCUCAACUCAAAUGGUCAAAUAUGCAUGAAUAACAAUUUUUUUAAAAAAAAUGGCACAAGCUAUGCAAAUAUGUGUGCAUGCUUCUGUGUAUUUUAAUGUAAUAAACUUAGUGUGGAAUCAUAUCUUCAGUACAGCUUAAUUUAGAAUAUGUUAGGAAAAACAUAUGUCCUCAAUCAUUGUCAAUAAAAUGUAUGACUAGAUUGCUAAGUUGUCCAUAUAUAUUGAACUGUUCAUUUUAUAGGUUACAGGGAUGCUCGGGAAAUUCAUGGACCCUCAAGCUUUGUCUUAUAAGUUUUAUUUAUUUGUAGGAAACCUUGUACUCUACAGGUCAACUUGUUUACUAUUGGUCCCAAAUGAACUAUUGUUAUAUACAGACUAUAUGUACACAACACUUUUAUUUAACAUUGUCAGCAGCAAUAAAGGCAAGUAGGAUAUUA